AUGCAAUAUUUAUCUGCCCAAUUAUUGCUUCCUCCAUUGAGACCGAUUGAUAUUGAGGAGAUUAUGACCGAUGUUGGUUUAUUGGAACUGUAUAAGGGAAAGUACAGGGAGUUUUGGAAUGCCAUUGGAAUGAUACCGAGACAUUUAGAAUGGGCUUUGGGAAAUGCUGCCCAAGAAUUGAAAUCAAUGACAGUGAAUGAUGAAACCGUACAAACGACUAUAUAUGCUAAUGUUGUCAAGACAAUCAAAUCCCAAUAUUUCAAGAAUUUUGAUGAUCAAUACUUUGGAGAAUUGGCUUUAAGAACAAUUUCACGGUUGAAAAUUGAAAAGGAUGAAAAACCUAAUGUAUAUGUGAGAGAGGGCAAGGUUUAUUAUACCGAUGGACUUGCACAUUGCUUUUGCUUAAUUGGCGUUCCUCUUGUUGUGAUUGAUGUAUUAGCAACGAGAAUGAAUUUCAUUCCGAAACUUGUUGUUAGUGAUUUUAUAACUGAAUCCAAUAAGCCAUUAGGGGAAAGAUUUGAGGAGUUAUGUCUCAAAACCAUGACUGCAAGAUUUAACGUUCUUUUUACUCUCAACCAUUCUCAGGAAGUGCGAUUUAUAGAGUUAUUUAAAUGGGCACAUUGCAGGUGUGACUUGGGAUUUAUUCCAUUAAGAACAUCCAAUUCUUCAUGGUUUAAAUACGAUUGCCUAAAUGAUCAUCUAUCAAAUGACGAAGAAAAAACGAAAAAAUUAUUCAUUCCACUUGCUUGCAAAAGUUAA